GCGUUUCAUCAACACCUCCAUCAGUACAAACAAACCACUGACUGACCCGUCCUCUGCACCCGUACCCGUACUUAACUUAAUACUUUCUGCUUGACUUUUUACUUUACAGCACUAAUCACUCGAGAACGCUGACGCCCCAUACCUCGCGCUUAUCGCUCGCAUUCGCUUCCCAAACCGAACACUUUCAUCAAUCCUAAUCACAAUGUCCGACGCUCACGCUCCCAAGGCAGAGUCUCCCGUUCCCCGGGAGAAGCUCGAGGCUCAGAUCAAGUCCGCCGACAUGACGGAGGACAUGCAACAAGAGUCCAUUGAAGUUGCUCAGGAGGCUAUGGCCAAGUUCACUAUUGAAAAGGACAUCGCACAGCACAUCAAGCGAACCUUCGACGAGCGAAAGGGACCUACCUGGCACUGUAUUGUUGGUCGCAACUUUGGCAGCUUCGUCACUCACGAGACUAAGCACUUUAUCUACUUCUACCUUGGCCACUGCGCAAUUUUACUAUUCAAAACGCAAUAGGCAUGGGAGCAAUGGCUCACCAGUGGGGGCCUUUGGAAGAGUCUGUUGUAGCGCAUGAGAACAACGGGGUAGGACAGGAGGAAAGCAAGGCAAAAGGUAUCGGCAAUGGCAAUGAAAACGUCAACAGAACAUCAUCAUCAUCAUCAUCAUAGCUGUCAUGCUGCCUACCCUACCCUGCCGUGCUCGCCUCGAUGUACGAUACGGGCAGCCGUGGAGCCUGCGGCUGUACUAGUUUUACUAUGAUCAAUAACAAGGGGCGCUUGCCCAGAUUUUUCC